AUGUCGGUUUAUUCGACGCUGGACUCUUUUGAUCCUCCAUCUUCCAGAGCCGCCAGUGUCGCCGCACAGGAUAUCAUAUGUGCUAUCAGUGAAUCGCGGGGAGUCUCAUCCACCGUUGGCCUUGCGUUUGUCAAUCUCGCGACUGCUGAAGCCGUUCUCUGUCAGAUAUGUGAUAGCCAGACCUACGUCAAGACAAUCAUCAAAAUCGGCGUUUUCGAGCCCAGCGAGAUCCUGUUCAUGAACACUGCCAAGGAGUCGAAGCUCCGUUAUAUUAUCCAGGAGAACCUGCCAGAUCCCAUUUUCACCUUCCUAGACCGGAGAUGGUGGUCUGAGAAGACAGGCCAUGAGUAUGUGGACCGACUGGGCUUCCCUGAGGAGAUCGAUUCGCUUAAGGUGACGCUGGGCGGGAACUAUUUCGCAGCAUGCUGCUUUGCGGCUGUUCUCAAGUAUGUCGAAGUUGAACUCCAGCGGUCUUUCACCUCGCAUUCGCUGCGGAUUCGGUUCGAACCAUCCCAGGGGUCGAUGACAAUUGACUUGGCGACGAUUGUGUCCCUCGAACUCAUUCAGAAUCUGCAGAAUGCGAAAUCCAAGGAAAGUCUGUUUGGACUUCUCAACGAGACGUUGACUCCCAUGGGAGCCAGACUGCUCCGAGCUAGUAUCCUACAGCCUUCUACAGAACGAACCAAGUUGACCGCCAGAUACAAUGCCGUGGAAGAUUUGACCACCAAAGAGGAUAUGUUCGUGUCUGUGAGGCAGGCGCUAAAGGGCUUCGUUGAUGCGGAUAAAGUGUUGACUGCGAUCAUCUUGGUUCCCACGAAACAGACCAUGCAAUAUGUUGAACAAUCGGUUAACAAUGUUAUCAUGCUCAAGACCUAUGUGUCUUCCAUCAAGAAGAUAUUCCAAGCGCUUGGAACAGCACAGAGCGAUUUGCUGCUUACCAUACGCGAAUUGUGCGCGCCCGAAGGCCAUCGUUCGAUCGAGGAGCUGAUUAACGCAACCUUGAAUGAACAUGUGGCUUACCAGUCGAAGCCGCUUGACUUGAGGAAUCAGCGCAUCUAUUGUGUCAAGGCCGGUGUCAAUAGUCUUCUCGAUGUCGCCAGACAGACCUACAAGGAGGCGAAUGCGGAUGCCACAGAGCUGAUCGAGAAGUUAUCAGAGAACUGUGACAUGACUUUAGACCUGAAAUUCGACACAGCCAGACAAUACUACAUCUGUAUAUCAGCCACGGAGCCACGUCGACUGCCAGACGUCUUCAUCAACGUGUACCGCAAGCGAAACCGCAUCGAAUGCCAGACCCUGGAUCUAGUCAAACUCAACCAAAAGAUCACCGACGCCCACAACGAGGUGAUCAACAUGAGCAACCGAACAAUCCAAGACCUCAUCAGCGACGUGUGCGCCGAAGUAUCCUCCCUCUUCCGCGUCAGCGAAGCAAUCGCCAUGCUCGACAUGCUCGCAUCCUUCGCCCAGCUAGCAACAAACCAUGAGUACAUCCGGCCCGAACUAACCUCCACCCUAGCCAUCAAAGCCGGCCGGCACCCAAUCCGCGAGCAAAUCCAUUCCAGCAAAUUCAUCCCGAACGACGCCUGCGCAACGCCCCAAACAAGAUUCCAAAUAAUCACAGGCUGCAACAUGAGUGGCAAAUCAACCUACAUCCGCUCCCUAGCGCUGAUAACAAUAAUGGCCCAAAUCGGCUCCUUCGUCCCAGCCCAAUACGCCACCUUCCCAAUCUCCCACCAACUCUUCGCCCGCGUCGCCACUUCCGACGACCUAGACGCCAACGUCUCAACCUUCGCUGCAGAAAUGCGCGAAAUGGCUUUCAUCCUACGCAACAUCCAACCCCGCAGCAUGGUCAUCAUCGACGAGCUCGGCCGCGGGACCAGCACUACAGACGGUCUCGCCAUUGCCGUCGCUCUGGCCGAAGCCCUAAUCGCCAGUAAAGCGCUAGUGUGGUUCGUCACGCACUUCCACGACCUGGCAAAGAUCCUCGCCGAGCGCAGCGGUGUAAUCAACCUCCAUCUUGCGGCAGAUAUUUCCCCCGACGCUUCGAAGAUGACGAUGCAGUAUCGUCUCGCCGAAGGCCCGGUUCCAGUCCGGCGGUAUGGGCUCGUCCUGGCCAAGCUGGUGGAUCUACCGAAAGAGGUCUUGGAAAAGGCGAAUGCCGUAUCGGGGGAAAUGGACGAGCUGGUUAAGCGCAGGAACAGCCCGUCAAGGGCUGUCGCUAUUGCUCAGAAGAGGAAGUUGUUGCUGGCGCUACGGGAACAGCUGAUGCUUGCCCGGGACCGGACUAUGGAUGGUGCUGAUCUUCGGGAUUUGUUGGUUAAAUUGCAGGAUGAUUUUGUCUUGCGCAUGACUUCUAUCAAUACGGAGAUGGAGACGUAUCUUAGUGGCAGUGAGAGAGAAGAGCAUACUGAAGAUGGUCUGGACUCGUUGGUUCGGGCAUCAGAGGACCGAGCUUUGUCUUCGCCGGCUCUAAGUGAGGAUAACUUGGAAGACGAUGGCAUGUGUGUGUCUGAGCUCGUUGGGAUUGAGUCUGGUCUGGUGUCUGAGUCUGAUGGGUUCAUUGACGAUGAUAGUGUGGUGCUGGUUUAA